UUUCGCGGCCCAAUUUGAAAAUUGUCAAAGCUCCGAAACCGCAAAACGCGAAACAGCUUUUGCGGAGAGAGGGAGGAAGCGAAGGAAGUGAAGAAGAAGAAGAAGAAGGAGAAUAAUGGAGGACAAGAAGAGAUGGGAAGUGACGUACACGAAGCAUAUUAAGCAGAAGAGGAAGGUCUACCAUGACGGUUAUCUGGAUUUUCUCAUCUCCACUAGAAAGGUGAGGCUCUAUGAUGAAGCUGAUAAUCUGCUUGAAAGCAGGAUCUUGAAGACAGAUGAAGUUGUAAGCUCUGGUGAAACGCUCACAUUUCAAGCAUAUCUCGUGGAUAUUGGUUGUCCCGUGGAGAAAAAUAAGGCGGCAUCUGAUCCAAAGAUCCUAUCAAGUGAUAAAAAAUGUAAUCGCAGGUCAUUUGCAGUGCUCAGACCCAAUUUCAACAAGAGUUCUCUUCAUUCUGCAGAAGAGAGAAAGUCUAACUCGGUGAAUAAAAUUCCAGCUAAGAGUCUCAGCCCAUCUCAAAAAAUGAUUAGAGUAUUCAAAAAGAGAGAAAUGCAGAAAUAUGGUGCACCAAGUCCAGAUGGAGUAAAACCAAGAACAAAAGGCACAUUGCCGCUUGGCUCAGCCGAUGAAGAAGCCUACAUAAGCAGUGGUCACCCUUUGACCAACACUUCUUCUGAUGGUAAGCCCUGUAAGGAUUCAAGAUCCGAGACUAAUAAGUUAAGCAAGAGCGUGACUUCACACAAGACUUUACGUGAUGUCAACCAAAUACUCUCCUUUCUUCAGAGACCCACCACCCCAGGGAAUGUUGCAGAGAAGUGUUCUAAUGAUAAUCCUCAAACGUCAGUGUCACCAACAAAAGUGCCUUCAGAAUCUGAUACCUGCAAAAGCCACGCAAUGGAGGAGUCUGUUCCAUCAACAGUAUCCGGAGAUCGGAAAAUCGCCCAUGAAGCCGACAUUGCAGAUUCUUCGCAGUUGCUGGUGCCUGAAAGCUCAUCUGGUGGUCCAUAUGAUUUUUCAAAGACACAUUUGAACGACCUUCCGAGUUUUGACCUCGGAAUUUAAGAAAAAGCUACGUUGCAUUGCGUUUUACCUGGACAAAAAAGGUUUGUGUGUUAGAUGUUAAAGUAGACCUCAAGGACAAGCUUCCAGUGGUGCGGUUCAACGAAGAACUAGGGACAAGAGAUACCCU